GGCCACGGCGACUGCCUGCCAGCGGCCGCAUCCAUGUCGGCGCUCUCGCUGGCCACAGGCUCGGACAAGUGCGUCACCCUGAUCGUGAACAACGCGCGUUUCGUUGUCGACCCCGCGCUGUUCGCGCUGCAGCCAGACACCAUGCUGGGACGUAUGUUCGGCUCAUUACUGGAGAACAACUUCGCAAGGCCCAACGAGCAUGGAGACUACGAGGUGGCUGAAGGCUUGUCUGAUACCGUUUUCAGAGCCAUCUUGGAUUACUACAAGACAGGUGUUAUUCACUGCCCGUCAGGUGUUACGGUGACUGAACUGCGAGCUGCGUGCGACUCUCUUCUCAUUCCGUUCGAUGCCCAAACUAUAAAGUGCGACAACCUCAUGGGCUUUCUUCAUGAACUUUCCAAUGACGGAGCUCGGCAACAGUUCUGCAAGUUCCUUGAAGAUCUCAUUAUCUGCAGAAUGGCCAAUGCUGCUCAGAUAGGGGACCGGGAGUGUCAUAUAGUGGUACUCUUGGACGACGACACAGUCGAUUGUGACGAGGAUUAUGUACCGCAGACUGGAGAAGCGCGUGCCCAAACCAUCAACAGCACUGCCAUGUAUCGUUUCUUUAAUUACACAGAGAAUCGAGAAGUUGCCAAGCAGGUGCUCAUGGAGCGUGGCCUGAAAAAAAUUAGGCUUGGCACUCAAUGCUACCCGGCCCGCUCCAAGGCGAAAGUGAAGCGUCGGCCGGUUAGUCGUGCCGAGAUGAUCGACAACUACGUGCAGCGCCCCUUCCUGUGCGUGUCUUGGGAGAAAGAAGAGGCCAAGAACCGUCACGUCCACUUCCAGUGCAUCAGGAGCACUGGAAACUACGCGGCCAUCUCUUCAGGAUUCGUCGGCGGUGAUGCAGUUGGUGACGUAGCUGCAAACGUGCGCGUGGUCGUGCAUGAGCUUCAGCAGGAGCUCGGCGCUGUCGGAGCAGCCGAGGAACCUCCCGUUGAGCUGCAGGAAGAAUUGGUGCAUCACAGGGAGCCUGAUCUGAUGGUGCUCUUUCCACCAGUCGCCAUCCGCAGUAUCAUUCAGUUUCGACGAUGCUCGCUUCUGUGA